GGAGACUGUGUCUGUUCCUGGAGGAACAUCUCCGAAAGGGGAAGGGGGGACCCUCACCAUGUGGCUGUACCUGGUGGGCUUCAUGGACCUGUACUACCUUCUGCGCUGGUACUGGGAGACGCAGGUGGUGAGCCACCUCCGAGACAAGUACGUCUUUAUCACAGGCUGUGACUCGGGCUUUGGGAACCUGUUGGUCAGGCAGCCGGACCUGCGAGGCUUGAGGGUUCUGGCUGCAUGUCUGAUGGAGCAGGGGGCUGAGCAGCUGAGGGGCCAGACGUCAGACAGGCUGGAAACGGUGAUCCUGGAUGUCCCUCAGACAGAUAGCAUUGCUGCAGCCACCCAGUGGGUGAAGGAGCACAUGGGGGACAGAGGACUCUGGGGCCUGGUCAGCAAUGCCAGCAUUAUUUACCCAACUGGCUGCAGUGAGUGGCUGCAGAUUAAGACCUAUGUGAAUAUCCUCAAAGUGAAUCUGAUGGGGAUUGAGGUGACCUUGAGUAUGCUUCCCUUGGUGAGGAGAGCACCGGGGAGGAUUGACAAUGUCUCUAGCAUCUUGGGAAGAAUUGCGUUCUUCGGAGGAGUCUACUGUAGCUCUAAGUAUGGAGUGGAAGCCUUUUCAGAUGUUCUGAGGCGUGAGCUUCAACAUUUUGGGGUGAAAAUCAGCUUAGUUGAACCUGGCUACUUCAGAACGGGAAUGGCAGACCUGCAGCAGUCCUUAGAGAAAAUGAAGCAAGUCUGGGAAGAAGCCCCUACAGAUAUCAAGGAGACCUACAGACAGGUCGGACAGCAGUUUUUUGAUGCCUAUUACAACAUGACCAAACAAGGGCUGUUGAGUUGUAGCACCAACCUGGACGUGGUCACUGACUGUAUGGAACAUGCUCUGACAUCCGUGCAUCCCCACACUUGAUAUUCAGUUGGCUGGGAUGCUCGAUUUUUCUUCUUCCCUCUAUCAUACUUACCUACAUCACUGGCAGACUAUAUAUUGACUAGAUCUUGGCCCAAACCAUCCCAGGCAGUUUAA